AUGCGACAGAGGCGCACGCGCCCGACGCAUCGCAACCGUAACGCAUGUCACAACAUGCAGGGGAAGGUCAGAGGGAGAAUGCACAGUGGAGGAACAAAGGAGGACGAGGAAAGAAUAAAGCAGGAUGACAGUGAUAGAAACAGUGACAUAAGAAACAAUGUAUUCGUGGAUGGUGCGGCAGAGAAGGAAGGAGUACGGAGAGAGAUCAUGCAAGGGAAGGAGAACCACAGGAAGCCAAUCAACAAAUUAUCGGAAGUACAAGAGAUAAGAGUGCAGUGUGUUAGCAGUACGACAAUACAGUGGUGGAGUGCAGCGAUACAACAGCGAGGAGUAGCGGGACACACAGAACGCAGCGAAUCGGGAACGGAAUUAUGCAGGGUUUAA